GCUGUUUAGUCAUAUAGCUCAGACCCAAUCCAUGAUCGUGAAGGGAGAGGAGUGCCGUCACGGUGAUGGUGCUGUGUGAGCUCUGGGGCAUGAGCAAUUCCUCGGCCGAGCUACUCAGCUUUCGUUUUUAGGUGGAGACUUACGAACGUGUGUUGAUCUUCUCACAAACUCAAUCUGCAACAAUGUCGUCGUCGGCGCCGUCCUCGAGCGCUGCUCGGGCAGGAACAGGAGGGCAAGGAGGAGCGGGAGAAGGAGGCACAGACUGGAAGUGGCAGGUUGGCAAAGCACUGCUAUUUUACAUGGGUACGCAGGCCAUCGUCGGUCCCAACGGCCUUGUAGCCUGGUACAGAGGAACAUCGCAGGUGCAGAAUCAGCAGUCGCCGGCCUCUGCCAGCGUUCCGCCCUCGCCGGGGGCACCAGGUACACAGGAAAAGCUCGCUGGCUUCAACCAGCAGCAGCCCGUCAUCGGACGCGUACCGCCGCAGAUGACGACGCAUGCGCUCUUUGAGCACCUCUUGCCCUUGGACGUUUACGUCUUUGUGAGCUCGAGCGAGGCGGCUUCGCACGACGACGUUUCGACCCAAUUCUCGUCUUUGGUGCCUCACGGAAAGGGCGCUUGGUCCACUCCGCACCCAGAUUAUGCUGAGCUGCUCGAAGAUCCAACGAGGGAAGCAGUGACGGGAGCCAAGGUCGUCCAAGGUCCACAGGGCCUGCCCGCGAUCAAGUGGAGCAACAUCACUCUCAACGACGCAAGCCUCAAGAGGACGGCCGAGCUCAUGGUGAAGCUUCCAGAAGACGUCAAGACGAGCAAUGCGAGCGUGUGGGCGGACAUCGUCGUAGUGCCCAUGGGCAAGCCCUUGGGAGACCGCAAGUCGCUGAGAAUGCGAAAGAUGCUCACACGACUCUUUCCUGAGCGCAAGGAGAGAGAGGAGCGCAACUUGUUCUCGAAGUCGUCGAACCAAACUGCUUCGAGCAAAUCGGCCGGACCCUCAUCCGUGCUCCCGUUCCUCGACAAAGAGCCUGCUCCCCUGAUCACGCAUUGGCACAACAACCUCACACUUGCUUUCGUCGCGCAGGACCAAGGAAGCGGAUAUCCCAUCGGCAAGCUGCCACCUCCCGUCCUUCAGUGGGUCCACGUCCUCGAGACGCCUGACGACGAAAUCGUCACGGCAGACAACGCCGACAUCGCCCUCAAUUACCCCGUCGUCUUCCCAAACGACUUCUGGCACCUUAGGGAGCAUAUGUACCCAAUCAACUCGACACUCGAUUCGGUUCCGCUCUACAUCAACCUCUACACGACAAGCUUCUUCAAGUUUCAGUUGCUGUCUGCCCUCGGUGACUCGUUUGAGAAGCAGCCAUCGAUGGCUUCCGGCGAGCUCGAUAUCCUGAAGCGCACUCUUCUCGAGACGAAUCCGUGGUACUUGGGCAUCACGGUCGCUGUCAGCAUCUUGCACAGCAUCUUUGAGUUCCUCGCUUUCAGCUCCGACGUCAGUCACUGGCGCAACAAAGAAAACAUGACGGGCGUGUCCCUCGGAACGAUCCUGACAAACGUCAUCGUCCAGCUCAUCAUUCUCCUCUACUUGAUCGACCAGUCGCAAGAGACGUCAUACAUGAUCUUGGCGUCCCAGGGCAUCGGCAUCGUCAUCGAGGCAUGGAAGCUCACGAAGGCUGUUACUGUCAGCGUCGUACCACGCACCGCCGGCACGGGUCUAAAGGCGCUGAGCUGGCUGCCCUACCGCAUCAACAUCGAAGACAAGCACAAGCUAUCGGAGGAGGAAAAGAAGACGCAGGAAUAUGAUCGCCUCGCUUUCAAGAUUGUGGCGUGUAUCGCAGCUCCUCUACUCGGCGGCUACACCAUCUACUCGGCCGUGUACCAAAGCCACAAGGGCUGGUGGUCAUUCAUCAUUGGAACACUGUGUUCAUUCGUCUACGCAUUCGGCUUUGUAUCGUUGAUUCCGCAACUCAUCGUCAACUACAAGCUCAAAUCCACGGCGGGCAUGAAUCCAAAGACGUUCGUUUACAAGAUUCUUGGAACUUUCGUCGACGACCUCUUUGCAUUUGCCAUCAAAAUGCCAAUCCUUCAUCGCCUGGCCUGUUUCCGAGACGAUGUUGUCUUCCUCGUUUUCUUGUACCAAAGGUGGAUCUACGGUGUGGACAACACUCGAGCCAACGAAUUCGGACAGGUCGUCGAACGCAAAGACAAGUCAAGUGGGGAAGAGAAGGAGAAAAAGGAUCAGUAGAUUAGUAGCUAGAAAUCGGAGAGUGGUAGAAGGCCAUGAC